CCAUGAACUUCCUCAUUUGUCUCGUGUUCGUACCUCUCAUCGUCACAGCUCAGCUUCUGACAACCGAGAAACAAUGGACCGACGAAUGCCGAGCUGAAACCGGAGUUUCCAUAGAAGCACUCGAUCAAGUCAGACACAACGAUUUUUGCAUCACAGACGACAAAAUCGACGCGUUCAUUCUAUGUUUCGGCAAGAAAUCCGGCGUCUUUAACGCAUCUGGCGACGUGGAUGUGGAAAAACUCAAAGCGAAACUGAAGACUAUUGUCAACAAUGAAGACCAAGUGAACGAAGUCAUCGCCAAAUGCGUCGACAAAAAAGAAACUAAAGAAGAAAGGGCAUUUCGGGCUUUUAAAUGCGUCAGACGUAGUUAUCCAGAGUUCAAAGCCCUUUAAAAAAUUGAUAUUUUUGAAAUGUUACCUAAACAUAAAAUAUUAAACGAAAACUUUAUUUCUUUUUGGUGUGA